UUUGGCAAAUUAUUAUGGCAAAACGAAGAGAAAAUUUAUCCUAAUAAUCCUUCUCUCCCUCUCUUUAUUUACAAUAUAAGCCUUUGUCCUCUAACAAUCCUCUCUUAUACCAAGUUUCUACAGUGAUAUAUAGCUUGAAGAGAAAGGGUGCUGCUAAUGCCAGUGAAGAUAGAUAGAGAUUAUUGGAGGAGAUAUAUAAUAGUUUUGGUUAGUCACAUUCUGAUAUAUAUAUAUAUGCGAUAGCAAAAUGGAAGGAGAUGAUGGUUUGAGGACUGUGGAGUGCCUGAGAGGGAGAUUGCUCGCAGAAAGACAAGCUUCCAGAGUUGCAACAGAGGAUGCGCAAAUUAUGGCCAAAAAGCUGAUACAACUAGAAAACCAACUAAGAGAAGAGACCAAAUUGAGGAUUAAAGCUGAGAAGAAACUACAUUUUUUAAUGAAGAAGCUUGGUUCCUUGAAGAUGCAUCUAAAUUCACCUGGGAUUUGCGGCAUUUCUUGCACAUCUUCCACAUCUACAAGUUGUGCAAGUUCCAAAGACUCUUUCGAUUCUCAGAUCACAAACUCAGCAAUCUCACAAGAAAUCAAGGACGAUAUAGGAGAAACCUCUAAUUCCUUUCAAGAGAGUGCAACGUCUGCAGAUUCAACAACUAAGAGCGAAGAUCCAAGAUUACAACUUGCAAAUGGCGGGGAUGGAGAAUAGUGGAAGAAGUGAGAGAGACAAUGAUGAUUCAUUGUCAUUAAAUUAAUUAGUUCCGGUGAGUUCUCCAGCAAGCAACAGUUCAGACCCAGGAAUUGAAAUUUUCAUUGUUGCUCUUUCUCUUACUCUUAGGAUAGUGCAUUGCAUGAUACAGAUAUACCAUGCGAAUACUCAAUGGAUUUGAGUUUAGGGCUUCUUGAUCUCGUCUCUUUUACCGUCUUUUAUGUUAUUUUCCUAAAAAAAGGUGGAGGCUUGGUGUUUAUUUGAUGGAUUGACUUAGCAAAUGUCCACUUAAUUUCUUAAGUUGGGCUGAAUUAAGGGCGUAAGCCGUCAAGAGAGUGGCUGGACUGACUCCUUGUGUUGUAAUAUGGGCUUGCCCGGAAUCAUGAAUGGCUUUGGGCUUAAUGAUGGGGACUGCUUGUGUGCCUCAGAGCUGGCCUUUAUCGAAUCAUCGGGUUUGGGCUUUAAUGAGGCCAGCGGCUUGUUUAAGGCUGUAAGCUGCAAGGGCUUCUUUCUUUGUCCAUUUAGCUCUGUAAUAACCAACUAAUAAGGGUUGGGAAAUUUUAUCUACACACCA